AUGGAGUUAGCAGCCUCUUCUCUGUAUUGGCAUGGCCCACAGUGGCUAACAGAGGGAGAAUCAGCGUGGCCCAAUGCAGAAAGUUUCCCUGAAACAGACGAGCAAUCAGAACCUGCCGCCGCGGUACUCAAAAUCAAUCAGCAGGAGGGCAAUUACAUCUUCAAGACGCUCACGAGAGACAUCAGCAGCUUCUUCCGCAUGAAGAGAGUGCUACUAUGUGUGUGCAAAUUCAUCCAGAUCCUUCAGUACAAGGCACUGUCGAGAAAGGGAACCCCAUGUGUCAUGCCAAAUCAACCCAACAAGUUCUCGACAAAGGAAUUAUUGUGGGCGGAAAAUCAGCUGAUCAAGUGGGAUCAAGCAAAUCACUUCCUUGAGGACAUUCAGGAUCUCAUGAACAACCGGAAUGCACCCAUCAAGAGCACAUCUCUGCGAAAACUGCACCCAUUCGUCGAUGAUGAGGGAAUUUUACGUGUCGGCGGACGGCUUGGCCAUCUGGACGAUGACUACAGCACCAAAUAUCCGAAAAUUCUCCCGAAUGACACAUUGGCAAAGUUGAUGAUCCGGGAAAUGCACAUCAGGAUGAUGCACGCAGGAACACAGCUACUCUUGGCCCAUUGUCGCAGGCAUUAUUGGCCAAUAGGAGGACGACGUACAGUCAAAGGUGUGAUUCAUCUCUGCAAGGUAUGCUUUGUGCAUCGAACAUCCCGUGAGAGUCAAAUUAUGGGCGAUUUACCCAAACAUCGCAUUUCAUUGAUCAAGGCAUUCAAUAGUGUGGCCAUCGAUUGCUGCGGACCCUUUUUCAUCCGUACAGGCGCAGAAUCUCGUGGCAGAACACAGAGAGUGGAUGUUGUCAUCUUUGUGUGUACUUCCACCAAAGCUGUACACAUCGAAAUCGUCAGCAGACUGACAACUGAGGCAUUUUUGGCCAGUUUUGCGCGAUUCACUGAUCGACGAGGAGUUCCCAAAGACGUCUACUCAGACAACGGCCGUAACUUCCUCGGCGCUGCGCGUGAAUUACAACGUUUACUGAAUCUGCAGUGA